GUUGAAACUCCCAACGAAAAGGAUAGAACACUGCAGCACCUAAGCGAGACUUACACUUUGUCACCAAGUCACAAACAAAGACUGACCUGCGUCACAGGACCUCCAACUGGUCCCCUGCGCGCCUCCCACAUCUACCCAGCAGCUCUCUCCUGGAGCCAGUGUGUUAGUGAGCUAUGAAGAGCCCAGUGUGGAGCCUGCUUCUGCUGGCCUACCUGUGUUCCCCUGGAAGGAGUGACUGUCAGGGGGAAUGUCUGGCCUGUGGCCUCCGUGUGGCCCAGCAACAGGCCUUCAACACUCUGGUGUGUCUGUUGGAGUGUGAGGGCCUUGUGUCUCCCUCCCUUACCUGGGAGCUGUGUCAACAGGCUGAAGAGCUACCACAGUACUCUUUACCACCAGAGGGGGGCGCUGUGUCCAAGAGAACAGGAGAAGAGUUCGCCUUGAUUCCAGAGGACCUGCAGUCUGACGGAGAACUGCUCUACUCCGCUGGCAUGGCACGCUUCCAACAGGAGGGGGACCUUGAACGACGCAGUGCCCAGUUCGACUCUCCUCAGCUGGGCUCGACCGAGGAGGGAGAGGGUCUGGGUCUGGGUCUGGAGGAGAGGGAGGAGGGCGUGACGGGUGAGCUCCAGAAAGGGGAUGAUGCGACCCCUUUUGACGUUUCCAAGCGCUUCGGGGGCUUCCUGAAGGGUCGCCAUGGAUACAGGAAGCUGAUGGGCUCCGUCGGAAGGCCCCUGCAGAAACGCUACGGCGGCUUCAUCGGGAUCAGGAAGUCGGCCCGUAAAUGGAACAACCAGAAGCGCGUGGGCCAGCUGCUGAGGCAGUACCUGGGCAUCAGCAGCCGCUCCGGAAGGUUCCGCAGCGGACCUGGGGCCAGGAGACCGAGCCCACUGUAGUCUCAGAACCUCACCCCUGGGUCCUAAUGCCCCUCCGUCUCACCCUCCUCUUCCUACUCCCCCACCUCCUCUAUCAAAUUACCACACCCCUAGGUCCUACUGCCCCUCUCUCCACCCUCCUUCUCCUCCCUGUCUCUCCAGUUACCUCAUCAACCGUGAUUGCAGCUACGGUCGUCUCUAUAGCUACCUGAACUGUGACCUCAUAGAUCUAGUCAUUCGUGUCAGAAGAAGAAGAACGCCGUUCCUAAUCUCUAUUCUGAUGUUGUGUAAAAGAAGUAACUAGCAACAUAAUGUUUACUUUACACCAUCCACAUGAUUCCACUUCCCCCACCCCUACCCUUAACCUUGUGCAUACAUACAUCUGACCAAAUAAAAUGACAGUAGAGCAAUUGAAAAUUGUCUCAGUAUCAUGAGGACCUAACAUGGAUGCACAAAGGUCAAUCCAUAUCUACUCUCAAGUCCCGAGUGAAUGCAUGUACGCACUUUACUUUAAGACAUCAAGCACAAUGAGAAAAUCUUAUGAAUGGUUUGGUCUCAGAUCAGUUACCUGCACAGUGCAGGUUUCCAUUUACAUUUGAGGGAUAAUUAUUAUUAUUAUAUUAUCCCUUGCUCCAUUAGUGAUACCAAGUUUCAAUGUAAGAUGUGGAUUGACAGUGGUAGACGUCCAUCAAGACAAUCUUUUCCCUUCUACAGAACCCGUUUACACACUGCAGUGCAAUGACAGGAAGGAACCCACUUAGUUCAUCCUGAAUGGCUGUACAAGACUGCCAUCUUGUGGCCAUAAUGAUCCAUUAUGAUCAAUUUCAAAGUGUUAGAAAUAUAGAUGUCCAAGACUUCCUGUUCAGUCUGAUCCUGACACAAGUGAGGCAUACGGUGCAGGUGGCUAACUACUAUUUCCACUAAUUUGUCUACAAAAGUGAACUUCAUAUCAAAGAUGUUUUUGUUAAUUUUGUUUUGUCCAUUAGUCAGUAUUUAUCAUCUAAUCUACUGAGGUAUGAGUGAGGGAGUGGGUGGGGACGUCAUGUGGGUUUGUGUCUGUGCAUGUGUGCAUGUGGUUGUGUGUGUGUGUGUGUGUUUGUGAGUUCAUCUCUCAUCUGUACGCAAAAAAAUUGUAUACAGAAUACAGUGUACAUUUUACAAUUACAUUUCUAUUGUGUCAUCGAAAAUUCAUGA